AUUCUCGCCAUUUUCCUGAGGACGGAAACGCCUUGAAGAAGGAAGGAGGCAUAUCAACCGUAUUUUUUUAUUUUUUUAGUUUCGCCAAAGUAGGUUCCCGUCACCAGCCACAAUGGGGAAUAUGAUUCAGUCACUCUUCAGUAUGUUUGGGAAGAAGGAGAUGAGGAUCCUCAUGGUGGGCCUGGAUGCUGCUGGAAAGACUACCAUUUUGUACAAGCUGAAACUUGGAGAGAUUGUGACUACCAUUCCCACAAUAGGUUUUAAUGUUGAGACAGUAGAGUACAAGAGCAUCAGUUUCACAGUAUGGGAUGUCGGUGGUCAAGACAAAAUUCGACCGCUGUGGCGUCAUUACUUCCAGAACACACAGGGUCUCAUCUUUGUAGUUGACAGCAACGACAGAGAGCGAUGUCAGGAGGCCCAUGACGAGCUCUCAAGAAUGUUGGCAGAGGACGAGCUGCGUGAUGCCGUGCUAUUAGUGUUUGCCAACAAACAAGACCUUCCGAACGCUAUGAAUGCAGCCGAACUCACAGACAAGUUGGGUCUUCACAACCUACGUAACAGAAACUGGUACAUCCAGGCAGCCUGUGCCACCUCAGGGCAUGGCCUCUAUGAAGGACUGGAUUGGUUGUCUAGUCAGCUCAAGAACCAUUAAUCAUCACCUGCUAUCUACAACUAAUCUACUCCACCCGAUCUCUGACUUUGCUCUCUACUCUUACGGUGUUUCAAAACUGAGUUACCCCCUCCAAAAAAAGUACUGGAAGCUGCCCUCACCUCAACUGUUGUUAUUACAAAUAUGCAGGUCAGUGAUGGGGGUGAUCUAUUCUUGUAAAGCUGUCGGGUUUUAUUAUUUUAUUUUAUGUAACUGUAAAUAUAUUUGGUAAUGGGGCAGCUUUAUUGCACUCUUUCAGAUCCUACCACGGUUAUUUCUCUUUCUGGCUGUUGGGCAGCCAUGUGUGCAUUGAAUGAGAAAAGGAAGGCAAGGAAUAAGAAUUUACCAGCAUGUUUGCCCAGGACCUCAAUGCAAUCUGAUGACUUGUUAUUAUCUGGUCACAUGUACUGUAGGGAGGGACCCAUGAGGGGCUUUUAAUUUUCAAAAAUCUGAAUUAAACACCGAUAGACUACUCGCAGCUACUAUAGUUACUGUAACCAGUGACUGUAUGUACCCCCCCCCCCUUUUUUUUUUUAGUGAACACUGGCAUUGACUAUUUGUACUCUGUACUGACAUCACUUUGUCCAAGUUUCCUGUCUGUGAUCACUUACCAGCCUUUGUUAUAUGGUACAUAGGCUUGAAUUGAGAAAUGCUGCAACGAUCUCACAUCUACCUGCUUCAUGGUUGUUUGAAAGGCAGUCUGUUGAGUCAGCAUCGGGUUUUUGUAUUUCUGAGUCUCAGGUUUAUCAUGUGCUGCCUUUGCAAUAUCCUUGUUAGCAAAACUGCAUGAUGUGGUCUGUUGGUCUUUAAGGACGUGCAUAUUUACUGGGUGUUUACAUCAUUAGGUCGCACAGGAACGAUUUCCCUACUGAGUACUUACUUCAACAGCCCUGUAUGUAACCCGUUGUGUGUACUGUGUUACGUGAUUGUAACAAAAGGAGUUGGACACUACAGUGGCCCUAUUGUCACUCAAGACUCUGGCAAAUCAUGCCUUUUUAUUCAAUUAUGAAAUCUGGGAAACGGUGUUCUCAUGGCAAUACAAAAUCAGUUUCAGCUACAUAUUAACGUAGUGCCAGUAUCUCUUCCUUUGCAGCACAUUGUGCUUGGGUUAAACAGGAAGCCAUACACAUGCCUUCUUAUCCAAGACACAUGUUGCCUUUUUAUUUUCGAGUUUCUUUUCUAAAAGGUGUGGGUGUUUCUUUACUGCUCUGAACAUGUCUUGAGCGUGCAUGAAACAUUUGUUUUUGAUUUCUAAAAGCCUAAAUAUUUGAACACCAUGUUAAUCUCUUACUUAGGUUUGUCUGUUUUCUAUGUAAAGCUUUUGAUUUGUGAGGAAAAAAGCACUGUAAUUAAAGCGACUGGAUAAAAAAAUGUUUCUGCAACUGAUUUUCAUUUUCACACUCUAUGCAAUAAAACUGCUGAAUGUUAA